AAUGAACAACAACACGUGUGUGGCAACUCAAAUGACAAGUUUGGCUUUGGGUUUAUCUUGUUUUAUGAGAGGGUCCAACUCAUGCUGCAGUAGGAAAGGUGUGAACUCAUCUCUCCUGUGCAGCAAUGACACCUGCCCACUAAGUUUCCGCUGUAGGAGUUAGAAGCUUGAGUACAAAAGGUGGUGGUGGUGGUUGUAGGGGGGGCACAGUCAGACACACUGUUCAGCUCUUCAGCUCUCCACAACCAUGAUCCACGCAUACUGCAUUGUGUGGAUCUUUUUCUUUCAGCUGCUCUCCCUCACUGGGGCUUCUGAGAGUGGUAUAGUGGGUGGCAAGGUUUCAAAGCCUCACUCCAGACCCUACAUGGUAUCACUCCAGUUUCGUGGACACCAUUCAUGCGGCGGGAUACUUAUUCGUGAGGACUUUGUUCUAACUGCAGCACACUGCAAAAACACAGUUCAGGCCAUGACGGUGGUGCUUGGAGCACACGACAUAAGCAAGAAAGAGAAGAGUCAGCAAUGGAUCCAAGUGGCUAAGUACCAUCAACAUCCGAAAUACACUGGAAAGUACGAUUAUGAUAUCAUGUUACUUGAGUUACAAAAGAAAGCCAAACUGGAUAGGUAUGUGAAGGUCAUCCAACUGCCUAAGAAAGAUGGGAAAAUCCCAGCCAACAUCAACUGUACUGUUGCUGGCUGGGGCCAAACUGGAGCCAAAAAGCCUCCCUCCAAAGUACUGAAGGAGACCACGGAGAAAAUGCAGUUCAGCUUCGAGUGCAAAAGCAAAUGGCAACAAUACUUCAAUGUCGAUCACAUGAUAUGCACCAAAUUUAGAAAUAAGACAGGAGGGGUUUGCCAGGGUGAUUCCGGUGGACCACUCCUCUGCAACAAGAAGCCCGUCGGUAUAACAGCCUUUACCUUAAAGGAUGACUGUAAUAAUCCCAAGUAUCCCCAUGUCUUCACUAAAGUCAACUUCUUUGUCCCUUGGAUUAAGAAAGUGAUGAAGGCAGUGGGGAAUGUUGCAUGAGCCGCUAUUAAGGCCAAGAAUAUCGUCCUUCCUUCACUUGCUUGCUGAAUGAUGUAGCUUAGUAAAGCAAAGAUUUUAAGAAUGAAUUGUCUAAGUUUAAAAAAAAAAGAA